AUGGCCAAGAAGGAUAGCCAAAAGGCUUCGGCCUCGAGCGGAGAUUCGCGAUUUGCAAAUUUCCAGUCCGACCCGCGUUUCCGACUGCCCUCCAAGAAGGCCACCAAGACCAAGAUCGACAAGCGAUUCUCCCGGGUCUUGAAAGAUGAGGACUUUACCAAGACUGCCAAGGUCGACCGAUAUGGUCGCAAACUCAAGUCGGACAACAAGGCCAAGGCACUGAAGAAUCUCUAUGAGGAGGAGAGCGAGGGCGAGGACGAUGCCGACAGCGCUGACGAUGACGAAGACGUGCAACGAGAGCUGCAAAAAGCGAACACCAAGUAUGAUCCAGCCAGAGGGGGCGGCUUCUCCUCGUCCGAGUCCGACUCUGAGUCAGAAUCCGAGGAUGAAGAGGACGAGGAGGAAGCCAAUGCCGCGGUAGAGACGUCUGGAAGCAUGCAGCGUCUGCGCGACGAGCAGGCCGACGUUGAAGACGGCGAGGUGACAAAGCGAUUCGCCAUUGUUAACCUCGACUGGGACUAUAUCAAGUCGCCUGACCUGAUGGCUUUGAUGGCAAGUUUCGUACCAAAGGGCGGCCGCAUCAACAAGGUUUCUAUAUACCCUAGCGAGUUCGGCAAGGAACGGAUGCAACGCGAAGAGCUCGAAGGCCCCCCCAAGGAGAUUUUCAAGAAGAAGGCCAAUGAUGGCGAUGAGAGCUCGGAAGAUUCAGAGGAUGAUAGUGAAGACGACGAGGAGGACGAGGAGGACGACGAGAACAUCAAGAAGGACCUCAUCCAGGAGGGUGACGAUCAAGACUUUGACUCGGACGCACUCAGGACAUAUCAGCUGGAUCGAUUGAGAUAUUACUACGCCGUCGUUGUCUGCUCCGAUGAGGCUACUGCCGAGAACAUUUACAAGGCUGUCGAUGGUACAGAAUACCAAAGCUCGUCGAAUUUCAUGGAUCUACGAUUCAUUCCAGACGACGUCACAUUCGACGAUGAACCUCGAGAUGAGUGUGACAGUGUUCCUUCGGACUACAGACCGACAGAGUUUGUCACGGACGCUCUUCAGCACUCCAAGGUCAAGCUUACCUGGGAUAUGCAUCCCGAAGAGGCUGCGCGAAAGGAGAACAUGAAGCGUGCCUUUUCUGGAAGUAGAGCUGAGCUUGAGGAAAACGACAUGAAGGCUUAUCUCGCUUCAAGUGACUCAGAGGGCGACGAAGACGAGCAGCCUGAGGCUGUAGCCGAGGGCGAACCAAAGCUGAGCAAGAAGGAGCUUGCGCGGCAACGAAUGAGAGAGGCCUUGGGCCUGGGCCCCGACACCACGGCCAAGUCAUCCAAGUCAGAGCCAGUGGGUGAAAUGGAAAUGACAUUUACUCUCAACGAUGAUAGCGCCGCCAAGAAGGAGGGCUCGCCAGAUAGAGAAGAAACGACGGUUGAGAAGUACAUGCGCAAGGAGCGGGAGAAGAAAGCGCGCAAGAGAGAAAAGGCCGUGGCCAAGAGAGAUGGUGCUAUUGAAGUCGAGGAACUGGCCGAUGAUCAAGGGGCCGACGAAGAAGAGGAUCUUGGUUUCGAUGACCCCUUCUUCACUACCGAAGAGCCGGCCAAGGUCUCCAAGACAUCACAGAGAAAAGAGGAGCGUCUCAAGAAGCGAGAGCUCAAGGAAGCCGAUGCAAAGAAGAACGCGGAAGAAAAGGCUCAUCUGGAAAAGAUUAUGGGCGGCAGCGCAAAGGCUGGUGACAAGGGCCAUUUCGACAUGGCUGAGAUUUCACGAGCCGAGAAACAAAAGAUGAAGAAGGGCAAGGCCAAGAAGAAGCUGCAGGCCAAGGGUGAGCGUGGAGGACUUCAAGAGGACUUUGCUGUUGAUACUGGCGACGACCGUUUCAAGGCAGUCUUUGAGAGCCACGAGUUUGCCAUUGACCCAUCGAACCCCAAGUUCAGCACGACACCCGGCAUGAAGCAGCUCCUUGACCGGAAAAAGCGGAGCUAUGGAGAUGAUGGUUCAGCAAGUUAUGACAAGAAGAAGCGCAGACGUUGA